AAUCAAAACAAUCGAUGAAACUCAGUUCGCUUGCAACAACAGGGAAAAUUGGCAUCGUGAAACUAUUAGCGUAUUGUCGCAACAUGAAAGCCCGAGGCCAACAUUGAUAACGGAAUACUGCAUUGAAGAAGUACACAAGGUCAAUAAGAAAACACCACUAGACGAAAUCAAUAGUUCCCAGACUGUGACGAGCAGACAUUUGUAAAAAAAUCUCGUUCGUGUCCAAGAGAUAGCGUGUUGUGAGUGUUAAUACGUCCCAUAAAAACGUGCAUUUAAUACGGCCCGCGAUCCGCUGGCUUGUGCGCCGUAGUUGAUGAGUACUAUCAAAUACUGGUUGUUGGUAGCUUUCCGGCUGUUUACGCAUUUUUUCAUUUGACAAUUUAACCGCAUCGGGCAGCUAACGCUCGCUAGUGCCGCAACAGCUACUAGCAGCUCCAGCUUCUCGGCAGUCGUUUCCACCAGCAGUAACGCUCGUGAUUGUCCAUCGGUGGAGGUGGUUUGCGAAUCGCAUCAUCAAUCUCAGCAGCUACAGCACCAUCACCAUAGCACCAAUCACCCGGAGCGGUGCAGAGUGAACUGUGAUAAGAGCGCCAUUGCAGGAAGUAAAAUGCUAGAUCUCGAUCGUCAUCCGCUGCCGGAUCAGCUUGGCUAUCUGGUUCUGUCCGAAGAUGGGUCCGUACACGCUUCGGGCGGCGAGUUGGAGAAUGAUGAACGUAGUGCAAAUAUCAUCAGCAAUUUGCUGACUCUCACCGAGAGUGUGGAUCCAGCCAACUUCAAAGCGCGCUCUUGCCGGAAAAUAUCAAUCGUGUUCACCGACCAUAGUUACACCAUAUGCCUUUCAAACAAGCGUAUCUACGUGAUCAAGAAGCGAAAUCGGGUAGACGCGAAUACCAACAACGGCAUGGAACCGGAUAAUCAUUCAAUUAUUGCAUAAUUCUUUACGCAAAUAUCGGAAUAAAGUAAAUGAUCGAAUGCUUUUGAGGAGAUUUACA